UUCGUGCUGCUAUCAAAGGAUAUGCAGCAGAAACUAGCACAAAUUUAAUUUUAGGAAAAACGACAAAAUAUCCAGACGGCAGUGGUUAUAGACAAGCAUACUUUUUCUGUGAAAAACAGGGAAAUUAUGGUGGAAAAAAACAACAAUAUACCACUAAACGCACUGGUUGUCCUUUUGUUGUUG